AUGAAUGUUGCCUCCAAAGCUUUUCUCCGAGCGAAUAUGGGCACAGCUGUAUCCAAAAGGAAGACUCUGAGGAAUGAUGCUAUGUCUUCUGUAGCAGCGAAAGUUAGGGCAGCAAGGGCUUUUGGAGAGUAUCUUUCACAAAACCACCCUGAGGGCAAAAACGGCUCAGAUCACCUGUUAGCGGACUCCUAUAUUGGACAGGAAGACUCCCCUGAGAUGCAGCAGGCAGCUCAGAACAAGCGCAGGCUGUCCGUCAUCUCAGAUGGCAAGUUUGAGAGGAGCUUCUCUGAGGAGCAGGCCGAGAAGAUCCCGAGCGAGGGGCCGAAGGCACGGGUGUAUACUAUCUCCGGUGAGAGGCCGAUGCUGUCGGACCACGAGAACGAGAGCAUGGAAUUGGUGGUGAUGAAAGGCACUGGCCGAGAGGACUGCCACCAUGGCCAGCCUCUGCAGAGCGCUGGCAGCUCUCACAACAUUAGCAGGCAUUGCAAAGGCUGGGCAGGCAGUCGGCAGGGCUCCAAGGAGUGCCCAACCUGUGCUCAGUUGGCAGCCCACUCCCAGCACUCCUUUGACCUGGAGCAGCACCAGUCCAGCGAGACAGGAUGGCGUAGGAAAAAGCUGGAGAGGAUGUAUAGUAUUGAUCGAGUGUCUGAUGAUGUCCCCAUACGGACCUGGUUCCCCAAGGAGAACCUCUUCAGUUUUCAAACUGCUACUACAACUAUGCAAGCCAUCUCGGCAUUCAGGGGCUACGCAGAGAGGAAGAGACGGAAACGAGAAAAUGAUUCGGCAGCUGUUAUUCAGAGGAAUUUUCGGAAGCAUUUGCGCAUGGUGGGGAGCCGCCGGGUGAAAGCGCAACCAUUUGGUGAGCGGCGAGAGAGAAGCUUCAGCAGGUCCUGGAGCGACCCAACUCCCAUCAAAGCUGAUUCCUUCCAUGACUCUCGAGAAAGCCAUGAUCUUCAGGACUACUGCUGUGCUCUGGAUGAUGACUUUGACUUGAACUGGGAAACAGAGAAGGAACUUGAAGCUCUGGCAUGUGAUGGAGAUGACUUUAUUCCACCCAAAAUAAUGCUUAUUUCUUCCAAGGUCCCCAAAGCUGAGUACAUCCCAACGAUUAUCCGCAGGGAUGACCCCUCCAUCAUCCCCAUUCUCUACGAUCAUGAACACGCCACCUUUGAAGAUAUUCUAGAGGAAAUAGAGAAGAAGCUUAACGUUUAUCGGAAAGGCUGCAAGAUUUGGAAGAUGCUGAUUUUCUGUCAGGGAGGUCCUGGCCACUUAUAUUUGUUGAAGAAUAAAGUUGCCACCUUUGCCAAAGUGGAGAAGGAGGAAGAUAUGAUCCUCUUCUGGAAGCGGCUGAGCCGAUUGAUGAGCAAAAUCAACCCUGAGCCAAAUGUCAUUCACAUCAUGGGCUGCUACGUUCUGGGAAACCCCAAUGGGGAGAAGCUAUUUCAGAAUCUGAAAAACCUAAUGAAUCCUUAUAGGGUUGUCUUUGAAUCACCAUUGGAACUUUCAGCUCAAGGGAAGCAAAUGAUUGAAACUUACUUUGACUUCCGUCUUUACCGCCUCUGGAAGACUCGCCAGCAUUCCAAACUGUUGGAUUACGAUGACAUUUUAUGA